CCGCACAGUUCAGCCCCUCCCCCCGCCAAUCUCCGUCGCCCAUCGCUUCCCGUCAUCGAUUACUCCUUCGGUCGACUCGACACAACACGAGUAGCAGGGAAGGACCUCGAAGCAAAAGGAGCUCAGCCCAAGUAGCCUACGGCAAUCGUCUAGAAAAUUUCCCUGUUCUGGCCCUAUGUUUGAGCGUGGCCCUUGUCUAACUCGCGGCAACAGAACAGACUUAGCAGAGCAGUCUUAGGUCGAUCCUGGGGGAAGGUAGCCUUCCGUAGCCUUCGUUAACCGAACCCAGUCGAUUGUCAGCCAACCUCAAACAACGUCGAUACUAAUAGGCACGAAGCACGGAACGGCAGCAACCUCGCUGCUGAAGGCUGUUAGUUCCGAUACCGCCGCAUGCACGCGUGCCUUCUCUGUCACCAUCUUACUUGUAUAGAACCUCCUUCCGGCAAAACUAGCCACUCCCCACGAGCCACGAGCUACCGCACCCGUGGGCGUAACGCUCUAGCUCGAGAGGGAUUGCGCGGGCGGAAGGGCUGAAGCCACUGCCACGCUGCACUCCUCCUCACAGUAGAGGCAGGAGCCGCACGAAACAUAAGCCAGCGCCGCGCGCAACUAUAGACAGGAGCCAGUCCCAGCGUAGCGUCGGAAACGACUCCCGCGCGCCCGUGGCGGUGUAGCAGGCUAUGAGGGCGGCGCUGAGCUGAGUCGAGUCGAAUCGAAUCGAGUUGCGCGACGGCCGUUACCAGCGCAGCGCAAUCGCGGAUUCGCUGAGCAGCUUCGGCACACUACGGACUUUGACUUAAGCUACUUGCGGACUUGAUUCCUCCCCCCCUCUCCUCUCUCCCUCUCUCUCUCUGGCGCUGUCUCUCGCCGCCAUGUUCCGAGCAUCUGCUGCGCUGCUUCUCGUCGUCGCGUCACUCGUAGCAUCGCCCGUCCACUCGAGAGCGGCUGCAAUACCCCGCAACUUCAUUCACAAUGGCAAUUUCGAGUCGCCGGGCUCUAAAGACAUCAGCGCGCCGAUAAUCUCCGCGGAGGGCGGCGCGGACCAGCCGGCUCCCGCACUGGAAGGAUGGGAGGUUAAAGAGGGGUCUAUUAAGUACGUGCGCAGCGACACGUGGCGAGCCGCGGAGGGGGCCUACAGCGUGGCGCUGAACGGCGCGGGGCCCGGCGUGCUGAGUCAGGUCGUGACGACGGAGGAGGAUGCGCUCUACGUGCUCACGUUCGCGCUCUCCGCUGACCCUUGCGGCAUCAACGACCUGCACGCGCUGAACGUGUCGGUGGUGGCGGCGAACACGGACGUGAUCGCGGAGCGCACGCUGGAGGCCGACGCGCUCGGAACGGCGGGCGGCGCGAUGAGCUGGCGCGUGGAGCGCGUGGCGUUCGAGGCGCAGGUGGGCCCCACGCGCGUGGUGUUUCGGUCGCUGUCGCCCGGGGAGUGCGGCCCGGUGGUGGACAACGUGCGCCUCGUCAAGCAGGACGCCGUCUCGCUGUUCUUCAAGUCCCCUAACACGGCGUACCCCGCCGGCACAAUCAUCUCGGUACAGUCACCCACGGGCGUGGAGGGCUGCGCGCGUCACUGCAUCGCCGUGCGCGACUGCGUGGGAUUCGCCGUCGAUCUCCAGCACCAGCUCGCCGCGCUCCUCAACGGCGGCCCGCUCGUCAGCGCGGGCGAAGGUGGAAGCGGAGGCGGAAGCGGAGGCGGAAACGGAGGGGGUGGCGCGGGCGGCGGUGCGGUGCAGUGCGAUCUGAAGCGGCGCAUGGUGAAGCCCGCGCCGGUGGGGCCAUACGUGGCGGACGCGUAUGUGCUGCGCGGCGCGCCGUGCUCGUUCAGCGGCCAUGAGCCGGCCGUGUGUCCGCACAUCCUCCCCCUCCCCGGGCUCACCCCCCUCGCCUGCGUGGCGUCGCACCACGUGCGCCGCUCCCCCGCGCACCCGUUCACGGGCACGUGCCGCCCCAUGCAGCGCACCGCCAUGUGCCCGCUCGGGGGGGGCUUCUUCCGCCGGGGCGCGCUCUUCCACGCGCCACACCGCCUCGCGCUCUCAGGCCCGAUCUCGCGCUCGUCUGCUGCCGCCGUUGCCGCGUUCCUCGGUGCUGGCAUUGCUGUGUCCGCUCAAACGCCUGGUGCGGUCAUUGCUGCUGUGACGGAUGGGCGGCAGCAGCAGCAGCAGCCAAACGAGCAACAGCAGCAGGAGGGUUCGGCACCAGCAGCAGCAGGGGUAGCAGCAGAGUCUAGAGAAGCAGGGAUGGAAGUUCCCUUGGAAUCUGUGACCUCAUCAGCAUCAUCAGCAUCAUCAGCAUCAGCAGCAGCAGCAUCAUCAUUGGCCCCCAUGCUGCCGUCACGAGUGUGUGCAUGUGAACCGGGGCAUGGAGGCAUUGCCGUGCUCAGAUGCUGGCAGUGAUGGCCACAUGCUGAUGCGGGGUGAUGCACGGUGAUGGAUGAUGUUGCAUGGUGAUAACCAUAGGGGCAAGGAUGCACUUCGUGUAUGUGUGUGCAGGGUGAAAACGGUGUGGGGGAUGGUGCACAGCUGAGGUGGGGGUGGGGGUGAGGGUGGGGGUGGGGUGGGGGUGAGAGUGGGGUGGGGUGCUGUACUUUGAGUAAGUCACUUGGUGUGGGGUCGCAGGUCCCAGUAUCAAGGUACUACUAACACGUUUUCUCUUUCAUGAGGCGGCUUCUUUUUCCUUGGCUGCUAUCUCAGUUUCCGGAUGUGGGGUUUGUGCAUGGGGGGUCGGGCCUUGGAAGGGGCGAAUGGUGCCUUUUUCUGGUGGGCUGAUGUGGGGGCUGCUGUCUCUAAGUGAGGGUGGGUGCUUUUUCCAGUAGGUUGAGACAACUAGUCCUUUUGGUAGAUUGAGACGUGCAUACAAGGGGUCCGCUUCCUAUCACAGCAUGUGUAUAGGUAAAAGAGGGUGACAGUUGGGUAUAAAGGUUUCUGGGGAUUGACCAGCACUCUGCUACGUCUCCAGUGCCCCUCUGUGAUGCGAUUCAUCAUGAUAUGUGCUAUGCUUCCACUAUAAAGUAGACUACCUUUU